CCUUGGCAAAUCCGAUCCACCUCUCUUCCACUACGCUGCUGCUCCCAUCCCGACCGGCCAGCGAGCGAGGUGCGCGGAUGGAGGCGGGGAGGGAGAGCUCCAAGGCCAAGCGCGCGCGCGCCGCCAUGAGCAACGAGGAUGACACGACGAGCCAGGGGAGCGCAGGAGGUGGCGCGGCAGCGUCCGCCGGUGCCGUGACCGCGGUCGCCGCGGAAACCGAAGGGGACGAGAUGGCCGUGGUGGCGGCGGCGGAGCAGGAGCAGGAGCAGAUGGUGUCGGCGGAGACGGAGGAGCACAUCCAGCGCAUCCUCCUCGCCAUCGACAACUACACCCGCCAGGUGUCUGACAUGCUGGAUGCCGGGCGCGCGCUGUUCAAGGAUCUCGCCGCAGACUUCGAGGAUCGCCUCUGCUCGAUCCACAAGGAGAAGGUGGAGCGGUGGGAGGAGGAGAUCAGGGAGCUGCGCGCCAGCGACGCUGCCAACGAGCAGGCCCGCGCCCUCCUCCACAACGCCCAGCUGCACCUCCUCCACACCGUCCGCGACUAGCCAAUCGUUCAAUGACCAGAGGUCUCCAUCGCUUCCGUGUGUAGGUUUCGAUUCAUGCCACUCCACCCCCAGUAGCAGCAACUUACUCACUGCCUCCGUUCUACCACGUCUCUGAACAACUUACCUGCAAAUCAGUGUUACCUGUCUGUGUCUAGAAUGAUAAUUGUGUAUGCAUGUAUGGAUCAGGCAAACAAUGAGUUAUGAACUGCACAUCUGAAUUC